GAUAUUUCCUUACCAGAAAUCCUGAUAUUAUUAUUCAAUCCCAGAUUCUUGAAAAUUUUUUUUUUUUUUUUUUUUUUGAGUGUUCAAAACCAUAACUCUUAUCCUCUUCACCAUUAACACAGCUCUAAAAAUUCUUGAAAUGUUGCAGACACAAUCCUUCAUCUCAUCCAAUUACUUCUUCCCUCUCUCUUUCCCUCCCAACCCCAUCACUUCAAUUCACAAUUUUUCCCACAAACCCAAUGCCACGCGCCGUUCAGUCUCAGUCGUUAAAUCCCACGCGCCGCCGUCACAGUCAUGGCUUGCUGAGGCCCCAGAUGAAACUGUUACCGUUACAACCGACGCGCCACCGGAGGAGGGACCCAUUGAGCUGCCUUCUUCAAUAACGGAUAUAUUUGCUACUUCUGAUGACCCUUCUCCUCUUCAAACCGCCACCAGUCUUCUCCUCACCGGAGCUAUUUCCGUUUUCCUCUUUCGCUCCAUCCGCCGCCGCGCUAAACGUGCUAAAGAACUGAAACUUAGGUCAACAGGGGCGAAGAAAACGUUGAAGGAGGAGGCAAUGGAGAGUUUGAAAGCUAUGACGCCAACACCAGUUGACGCCAAAGCUCCACCUUCACCUGUUCAAGCACUGUUGGGAGGUUUAACAGCGGGUGUUAUUGCACUUCUCCUUUACAAGUUUACUACCACCAUUGAAGCUUCUCUCAAUCGCCAGGCGCUUUCAGAUAGUUUCUCGGUUCGCCAGAUAACAAUAACGAUUAGAACUAUUAUAAAUGGAAUAUGCUACCUCGCAACAUUUGUCUUUGGCAUCAACUCUGUCGGUUUGUUCCUUUAUUCGGGUCAACUUGCCUUGAACUCUAUCAUGGGAGAUUCUGCUAGUGAAGAAACUAAUAAUAAAGGUGAAGCACAGUUGAGUUCGAAGGAUCCAACAUCAGCACGUCCUGUAGAUAGCACUGAAGCGAACAGAGGCGACGGCAAUAAAACAUCUGAGGAUACAAAAUAGUGCAAGAAUAUGAUUUAGAAAUGAAGACCAGCCAGACCGCAACAGAAGCAGAUACUAGCCAGUUUAUGCACAAGAUUCCUGUAGGUGCAUGAGGCUGUUCGAAUCAGGCUAUAAAGGCCAGCAGUGCCAAAUCAGGAGGUGUUGGAUUGGUUAAGGCCAGAUGACCAUAUGUUCGUUCAUCCAUCUUCUUUUUGGUGAAGUCAAAUGAUUUAACGACUACAUCCGUCCUCAACCAGUUCAUGAAGUAUAGUGCGAUAUGUAAAUGCCAAACAGAAGUUGUAGGAGCCACUUGAAAAUAUUUGUUUCCAAGAAAUAGGAUCAUUAAACAGCAGAUAGUGAAGUUGGUGAUGAUCUUGUAUGUUGUACACUUUGUAUAUUCUUCUAGUUGUGAUACUUGUGAAAUUUUCUUGUUGCUUUACCAUACUCUAGUGCAGUGGUUACCAUUGGACUGUUCUGAUUUGGCUCCCUUGUCUCUGAAUGUAGUCUGCAGCUUGAAUGAAA